AUGAAGGGCUUCCUGUGGUAUAACAAAAUUGAAGGCGGAAGUACAAAAUCGAGGCUGGCUGGGGAAUACCCUAAUUUAUAUUUCAGAAGUGAAACAUUUAGAGACGCCAUUUUGAAAGCUGUUUUUACUUCCGAGUGUAAAGCCUUCAUUAUGAGUCGGUUAGGAAGUGAAUCAACUAAAUAUAUUCUGUUGAGACAUAUGAUGUUGGGUCUGGAAAUGCAAUUAUGUGAAAGAGGUCAAAUAUUUGUCGAAGGUUUACAUGCUUCAGAAGUUAAUUUACCAAGUGGUUUUAUAGCUCUUUACGAUGAAAGCAGUGAGCAGCAGUUGCGUCCUCGCUACGAAUCAAGAAGAAAUCCAUCACCACGGGAAGAUAUGGUACUAGCACAUAUCUCUUGGCUGCGUCCAUUUGCCACUCAUUCCUGGACUGCCAUCAAACGCAGCAGGGAACAAAGAAGGAAUGCGCAUUCCCUUGAAAACUAUGUAAGAAGCUUAGAGAACAAACUAGCUGCACAACACCAAGCUUGGAAAAACGAGAGAGUCUUAUUAGCACAACUAGAAAUACAAGAAAAAGAGAUAGAUCUCGUCAACAGCGAACAGAUAUCAGAUGGAUUUGAGACAGAAUUGAUGAUACAACAAGAAAUAAAUAAUGAGUUAAAAUUCAAUGAGCUUCAAAGAAAACUAGCAAGGAAACAAGAGGACAUAAAGGUCGCCGAGCAUCAGUUUAAACGUAGUGAGCAGAGAGUACAAGAGCUUGAAGUCACUCUAGCAGAGGAGCAGAAUGCUCAUGAACAAACCAAGCGGAGUCUUAAGCUGAAAAGCGAAAAAGUACAUGAGCUUGAAAUAAAUCUAGCAUCUACACCAAAGGCCCUUGAAGAGAAGGAAAACGAGCUCAUCAGAGUCAGACAGAUUCCAGCUGUCUUUGAAGAUAAACUGGUGACAGAACAGGAAACAACAAAAGAGGUAGAAAAGCAUCACGAGGGGACCGUAGAUAAAUCAAAUGAGCUUCAAAGGAAAUUAGCUUGUGAACAGAAAGCUAAAGAGGAAACAGAGAAACGACUUGAAAUCUGCCAAGAAAAAUCAAAAGAGCUCGAAACAACGCUUGCCGCGACGCAAAAACUUGUAAAAAAGAAACAAGAACCUGAAAAUGAGUGCGAGUGGACUUUGAAUCGAGAAGAGAUUCAGAUUACUGAAGAAAAACUCGGAAGCGGAACGUUUGGAACUGUGUACAAAGGAAUGUUUCGUGGUACACAAGUUGCUGUAAAACAAGUCUCAGUAAAGCCAAAGAUUACAGAGUACAACAUAGGAAACUUUAGAAGGGAAAUGAAAAUAGCUUCCAGAUGUCGUCAUCCUUGCAUGUUACAGUUCAUUGGUGCAACAAGCGAUGAUCAAAGUCCAUUAUUGUUGACUGAACUGUUGGACACCAGUUUAAAAAUGGUCUUACUUGAUCGUGCAUUAGAUCUGGUUGAGAUUAUAACUAUUGCACGGGAUGUUGCUAAAGGGUUAAACUACUUACAUCUCACCCGUCCACAUCCUAUCGUUCACCGUGACAUCAGCAGUGGUAGCGUGUUGCUAUGGAAACAUGGUCAGUCAUGGCGAGGGAAGAUUUCAGACUAUGGGAAUGCUGUACUUAUGAACUAUGCCAAGACAGGCAGUGGUGGUGCUAUUUUGUACUUGGCGCCUGAAAUGAACAACAAAAGAUUUUCACCAAAGUGUAUUCGUGUGUACUGGAAGAAGUCAAAUACGGUCAUGCCUCGAGCGUUCAGUGAUGAUGAAGCGUCUUGCCUUAUGGCAUGA